AUGGGUGAAUACGUCAUGACAUGGCGUUAUGUCACUGUUACAGUUCCAUUGGAGCUUGCAUUUGGUAAACCUGCUGAACAAUCGUCAACGUAUUUAUUACAUGGGGCCGAGUAUGCAGUAGAUGGUAACAAUGGUACAAACCUUAUCCUAGACAACUGUGCACACACAGGUGAUGGCGACACAAAUCCGUGGUGGAUGGUGGAUCUGCAGGCUGUGUAUUCCAUCAAGUCUGUCAGAAUACUCAACAGAGGAAUGGAUGAGUACGGAACGGAUGUGUCAUUCCGGCUGCAAGAUGUUACCGUCACUGUUGGUCUGACAGAAUCAGAUGUCAACACUCCUUGUGGCUUCUUUGCUGGUCCUGGUACUCUGUCACAGCUGGUCGUCAUCGACUGUCCGACGUUACCACAGGGGAGAUUCGUAAAGAUCUCCAAGACAACUGAGUAUCUCACUCUUUAUUUUUCAUUUCGGCUACGAGAUGUAACCGUUACUGUAGGGCUGACUGAAUCAGACGUCCACACUCCCUGUGGUUUCUUUGCUGGUCCCGGUACUUUGUCACAGUUCGUCGUCAUCGACUGUCCGACAUUACCACAGGGGAGAUUCGUAAAGACAACCAGGGCUCUCACUCUAUGCGAAGUUGACGUCAUGGUUGGCUUUUUGGUUAGUAUUACUAUGAAUGCAGUGGCAUUUACAACAGUACAGUUUUGUUUGGUAUCAUUAACCGAAGGAGCGACAUCCGCGGUUGUUCCUGGUGAGAGGUAUCGUGAUCCCGUGGUACGGGUGGUGGGGAUGAUUGGACAACAGCAGUGUGUCCGGGAAUGUAAACACAGACCCAAGCUGUGUCGGGGAGUUAACUACCAGAAACAGGAACUACUUUGCGAACUCGUGUCGGCCAUCAACGAAACGGAACCCAAACUUGAUUUUGUUCGAAUUGAACUCGAUCAGACUGGCCAUGUUCCAGAUGAAUGCAUGUCAUGCUCUACUGACGAUCUGUGUGUGACGCUCUCCAGUAAAAAAGUCCAUUGUAUUCGUGAUAAUGCAAGUCCCAUUGAUUGUACAUCACUUCACAACAUUAACUGUGGCCUGCCUAGUGGACUGUACAGAGUACGUCAACCAUACCUAGGUCACGUGACAGUUUUCUGUGACAUGGACAAAGAUGGCGGAGGAUGGACAGUCUUCCAACGUCGUCAAGAUGGUUCGGAGGAUUUCUACCGAACUUGGACAGAUUACAAGAACGGAUUUGGAAAUCUGAGCUCUGAGUUUUGGCUAGGCAAUGACAAACUACACCACCUGCUGAGUCAGGGGACGUAUGAGAUGAGGAUGGACAUGGAGGACUUUGACAACCAGACACGUUACGUCAAGUACAGCAGUUUCAACGUAGGAGACGAAUCAACCAAAUACACCGUCACGUUGUCGGGCUUCUCGGGAGAUGUUGAUGACUGUUUCACAGAGGAACUACAACCAGUCAACAACAUGAUGUUUUCUACUUGGAAUCAGGAUAACGAUGUCACAAUAAAUCACUGUGCAAAUCAGUUCAAAUCUGGCUGGUGGCAUAAUAGCUGCCACUGUGCCAACCCUAAUGGCCUUUACUUGUGGGGAGAGAACACACAGGGAGCUCAGGGAAUAACGUAUAAAUACUGGAGGUCUCAGAGUUAUUCACUGAAGUACGUCCACCUUAUGGUUAGAAGGACUGACUAGCAAACAAUGAUACGUUACUGUGGCAAUUU